AUGCAAGUAUCACUUUGUUUGUCUAAACCUGUUCAAAACUUGAAGAACCCUCUAAUGGCUGCAUCCGGGUCGGGUUCCAUUAUGUGGUUUAGGAAGGGGCUUCGAAUCCAUGACAACCCAGCCCUAGAAUAUGCUUCCAAGGGGUCUAAUUUCGUUUAUCUAGUUUUUGUGAUUGACCCGCAUUACAUGGAGCCGGAUCCAAAAGCUUUCUCUCCAGGGUCAAGGCUUGCAGGCCUGAACCGAAUUCGGUUCUUGUUAGAGAGUUUAGUAGAUCUAGAUACGAGCCUCAAGAAGAUGGGUUCAAGGCUGUUGAUCAUAAAAGGAGAGCCUAGUCAAGUUUUGAUUCGGUGCUUGAAAGAAUGGGGUGUGAAAAAGCUUUGCUUCGAGUAUGAUAGUGAUCCAUAUUAUCAAGCUUUAGAUAUUAAAGUUAAGUCUAUGCCAGCUGAUAGGAGGGCUGAAUCAUCUGUGUUCGUACAGGAUUAUGCCUCUGCAGCAGGGAUUGAAGUUUUUUCACCUGUCAGUCAUACACUCUUCAAUCCAGCAGAGAUCAUACAAAGGAACGGAGGAAAGCCGCCAUCGACUUACCAAUCAUUUCUAAAGCUUGCUGGACAACCUUCAUGGGCAUCAUCACCACUUUUAACCUCGCUAGCCUCACUUCCUCCCAUUGGAGAUUUUGGAAGCUGUGAGAUUUCAGAAGUUCCAACGAUCGAAGACCUUGGGUAUGAAGACAUUGAACAGGAACGGACUCUUUUCAGAGGUGGUGAAUCAGAAGCAUUGAAGAGAUUGAAAGAAUCGGUCAAUGAUGAGGUACGCUGUUGUAUCCCCCACGAGAAGUGGGUGGCAAAUUUUGAGAAGCCUAAGGGCGACCCUUCUGCAUUUGUAAAACCAGCGACGACUGUGUUAUCACCAUACUUGAAGUUUGGCUGUCUGUCUUCUAGGUAUUUCUAUCAAUGCCUUCAAGAUGUCUAUAAAAAUGUACAGAAGCAUACAUCACCACCUGUGUCUCUUGCAGGCCAGUUGUUAUGGCGAGAUUUUUUCUACACUGUGGCUUUUGGCACUCCCAAUUUUGAUCGGAUGAAGGGCAAUAGGAUAUGCAAGCAGAUACCAUGGAAUGAUGAUGAUGAAUUGCUAGCAGCUUGGAGGGAAGCUAGGACAGGAUACCCUUGGAUUGAUGCUAUCAUGGUCCAGCUCCGCAAGUGGGGUUGGAUGCACCAUCUAGCGCGGCAUUCUGUUGCAUGUUUUCUCACUCGCGGAGAUCUGUAUAAUCGAAUCUACUCACCGAUAUCAUUUGGGAAGAAGUAUGACCCAAAUGAUAUGCCAAAGGAGUACAUCUAUGAGCCAUGGACAGCUCCACCAAGCAUUCAAAGAAAAGCAAAGUGCAUAAUCGGAAGAGAUUAUCCAAAACCAGUGGUAUCUCAUGAUUCUGCAAGCAAGGAGUGCAAGAGUAAGUUGGCAGAAGCUUAUGCAUUAAACCAAAAAUUGAACGGCCAGCCGAACGAAGAAGAUUUAGAUAAUUUAAGGAGAAAAUGGAAUCAAGAUGAAGACUUGGAGCCAAAAACUAGAAGGCAAAGACAAAAGGAUGACAGGAGCAUGGAGAAAUACGUACAAUAUGAAUUCCCUGAAUACUUGACUUUGAAAGCCUCGAGGGUUUCUUACGAUUCUAUGAGCAAGGAAUGCGAGAGUAAUUAA